CUGGAGAAAGUAUCGAAUGAGAAGCUGUUGCUCGAGUCAAAAGUGGAAUCUUUGGAGAGCCAGAUUGAAUUGCUUCAGAUGCUCGAUGACAAAGGCCCAUCGGUGAAGAAUGGUAGCUCGAGCAGUCGCACAACAGUUUCGGAGUUGCGACAGAUGGAAAGCAAACUGAAUGACGCGGAAAGUGGCCUGCGCAGUGCGGAGAAGUUGAAUGAGCAGUUGACGAUUAAAAAAGCAGAGUUAUCGACAAAAAAUGGCGAAUUGGCAGCUGCCGAGGAGUCGCUGGUGAGAACUCGUUCUCUCGUCGAUGAACAGCUGAAACAUACGGAGGGAAUGUUAUCGCUGUCGGAGCAGUUGCAGAACGAGAAGGCUACAGUUUCUCGAGCGAUCGCGCAAAAUCGUGAACUGAAAGAUCAGCUGAUUGAAUUACAAGACAGGCUGGUUGCCGUUACACAGGUAAGGGCAUGCUUCUCAUUAGUAGUACCAGAAAUCAUCGAAAUAGCCGCACCGAUGGCCGGAAGCUCCGCCACCACAGCGUCUGUUUGA